CCUCGGGGUAGGUACAUCUACCUAGCGAGAGACAUCGAGAAGCCCAGCUCAGAUCGAAGGUCCCCGGGGUAGAUCUAGCGAGCGACCUUGGGAAAUCCAAUGCAGGCCCCAGGCCAAUACGGAGAGGGAAAAAGAGGCAGAGGGGUUGUUGACGCUAACCUCGUCCUCGCAGAAUCCCUACUGCAAAUCCUUUAGGACUUAUCCGCCGCCUCGCGCCAAUCAGAAAUCCCACGUCCCGGUCGGAUCUAUCCCUGAAACCCGGCAAGCCCUCCUAGGCUUACGUUGGACAUAAGCAAUUCAGAUAAGAAUCGCUGGCUAACAUUAAUAAUGACCCCUCCGUCCGCAUCGAGUCUACCUAUGCAAUCCCCCUAACGUGGGGAUAAUAUCUAAUAAUCACCUCGGUCUGCGUACGGCCGUCCUCUGCCCUCUGCCGCCUCCCGCCCUAGCCGACACUGCUCAGACCUAGCUAGGCUCGGCUCCGUUGGACGGAUGAGGAGGGUAGAGGGGUGCAGCGGACGCUGCCAGGGCAGGGGACAGGUAAGCUGUCCCGUCACAGGUAGGAACGGCGCGACGCACACACGACCCGGCAUUAGUCGCCAUGGGCAAGUUGCCGUGGCCAGGACGGCAGCACAGGAGCCCGAGGAACCCCGCGGGCAACCUGUCGACGAGCACUAUAGCGAAAUGUGGAGCAUCGCCCCCCCCUCCCCUGUCCGCUAUAGGUACCAGGCCGCUAGCCAGCCCGGGCUGGCCGGGGAUGGGGGUGAUCUCGUAGCGCAAGCUCGGGACUACAGUAUGAGAGCGACGAGAUGCCAUCCGGUCGGUCAUCCAGGUACCGCUAGUGACAAACAGGCUGGACCUCCGCGCGCAACUCGACGCUCUGGCCUGGCCUGGCCUGGACACUCUCACUCAGGGGCGGAUCAGCAGGCCACGGGAAGCCAGCCAGGGCAGCUGCUGGCUGCGUCCGAGCACGCACGGCCGCUGGGUACGAGCGAGAGAGUCCGGAGAGGAUGGCGUGGCGCUGUGCCGUCCGGGCCGUGGCUGGACAAAUCGGACGAACAACUGGGGGAGAGAACACGGUCGGACGCUACAUAGGUAAGACACAGGGUGGCGCGACGGUGCAGGGAAGCCGUGGUGACUGGUUGCGUGCCGUUACGUCCGCAUCGUCGAGCGGCUACAGUACCAGGG